AUGGCAAAACAGAUAGAUCGAGGUGCCGAAUUGUUGACUUUUACAAACUCUGCAUUGAAGCGCAGUGUCGCUCUCCUUAACACGGUCAAUGGAUACAAAACCCGAUCAAAGCCUGUACGCAAACUGAGAGAGGAACUCGAGGAUCUCAAUCAAGUUCUUGAAAUCCUGAGCCACGCAAUCAACACCAACGAUAAUGCAGAAUUCACUGCUCUUCAAAUCCCCCUCCAGCGAUGUGGAAACGCCUGCCGGGGGUUCGAAGAAUCAAUCGUGAAAUAUUCCACUGAAAUUUGUGACGGAGAAAUGAGCGGCCAAGACUGGGCAGAACUAAGGUACAUUGGCGAAGAUAUACAUGGGUUCCGCGACAUGGUAGCUGGUUACAAUUCAACUAUCAAAAUCGCUCUCGCCGGAGUGAAUCUUCGAAAGUCUCCUGUCACAGCCAACGUCUUGGAUGAUUACAAAGAACUUAUCGAGAACACCACCAUUGACCUUAAGGCGCAUUUAAAGCUCAUCGAUGAAAAACUCGAGGCAAUUGUCGCUAAGGAUACGGAAAGCUUACAUUCCGAAGUUGAAGAUCUACAGCCGGUGAAAGAGGAACGACUUAGCUCCAAAGCAUGCCUCAAGAUAGCUGCACGUUUAUCAUGGCUAAUUGAGCAGCGUCAGCGGGAAACAAGGCAUCGUGAUAGCCUCAUUAACUCAUCAGUCUCAACAUUGGGGAUGAUGACCGACGAAACAGUGCAAGAAAUCAUUAGGUACUCUGACCAAGGCCGGCGGCGGGAGGUAGAAGCUUUGUCCCAAAAAUUGCAGUUGGAAUACCUCAAAUUUACCAACGAGGAACUAUACGGUGACUCGGCGGAGAAUGAUGGAAGUUCUAGGAGCCAUUGGCUUGUGGAAGAAUCAAACCCUGAUCUCAUGAUGUUAACGGAAAAAGCCACGGAUGCAGGGAACAUUUCCACCCCUUCUGAUCCAAUUCGUGGAGCAGGUGACUGCCAGUGUAAUAUAUCAAAACCUCCGUCUGUUUUUUCGUUGGCAACAAUGCCAUCGACCACUUUCACCACCGAUACUCGGCUUACUGCAGAUGAGAUACGCACAGCCGUUGACGAGCUUGUCUGCAUAUUUUCGGAGGAUGCAGAAAUUGAUUACUUGUUCAGAGACGCAAUAUCGAAACGACACAUAGCUUCGGAUCGCCUUGACCGGAACUUUCGAAGGCUCAUGAAACGUUUUGCUAGAAACUUGAAGGACGAGGCACAAGAGGCAGUUGAUCUUGACCUCGCAAACCUCAUUUUAUCAAGGGUCAGUCUAGUCGCCGAGAAAAUUGGCACCAAAUUUAGGCAGGAGUCUUCUGGGCUCGACGGCUUUCCUGAAAGCUCACUACAAAUGCAUGGGAGAGUCGAGGUCGCAUUUCGCCAUGCACAAGAUAUUCACGAUUUCAGCAGUGACGAAGAGGAUGAUGGGGAGGAACCUGGAAUCGAUGAUCGAUUUGCUAGGCUGGUGUCUCAUGGCCGCAGCUUUAUCGAAGAGAGUGCUGCUUUCCAGAAGCUGCGGGUGGAAUUCAAGGACUUCCUCAUGCCGACUGUCAAACCUAUCAUUUUAGAUUUCAGUUUCGAUUCAAAGGAAUGGAUGAUAAGAGCUAGCUACCUCGUGGCACUUUUCUCGAUCCAUCGAUUGCCUGGGUUUGAGCUUUAA